UGCUUCCUCAUAGUAAAAUCUAAUGUCUAAUUCAUGAUAAUGCACUGCAUAACUAAUAGUGAAAAUGAAGAAAUAAAUGUCAUUUACAUGUUCUUCAAACAUAUAACACUUUCCCCCCCACAAAUUGCACGAAUUCUUCCUUGCAAAAGUGUCGCAACAGCGUCAGACGCAAAUUGACCCAUUUGGUGUGGUCAAACGUGGUACUGCAGCUUUUACUAUUUUGGCUGUUGCCAUGGUGACGAGCACCACGCCGGGGAUGGGGAGACGUUAAAACAAUCAGACGGCCAAUUAAUCCAAAGAAACUUGUCCAAAGGGCAGAAAAGAUAAUUACACAGCGCAACAGUUAAGUAUUUCUCUAUUCAUAAAUGCUUGAAAUAAACUAUAAUUUCCCACCCCCUGCAAUCCAGAAUAUAAUGCUACGAAAUGACUAUUUUUAUAUUUUUACUAUUUUUGUGUGUGGAAAAAAAAAGUCUGGGAUUCACAUUAUAUAGAUAUUAGGAAAAGUACAAAGCAAUCAGAUUUUUUUAAGAAGUACUUUCAGUAAAUGGGUUAAUGCAGCAUCAAGACUGCAUUUUGUGAAUAUUUGUCACAAAAAGGAAAACAGAUGCAAUGGAUGAUGCCGCUGAAAUUAUGCGUGCCCACAAGUAGUUCAAUUUGACAGAUUGUAGCUGCACUGACUGCAGAGCAAAAAUGACAACAAAAUCAUGCUGUGUAAUAGUACAAAUCAUGAUUGCCUGAGUUUGUGUCUAAUAUAGGUGAUCUACCUAAACCAGGACGUUGAUCGGCCCAGCAGGCAUAUGUGUGUUAUCAGGAGUACAGCGGUAGGCCCUCUUGGCUCCAGUUCCAACUCCAGUCUGCCUCAGCCCUGCGCAGUCAACCGUCAGCAGCGCCACUGGGUGCAGGGAUAUCCCGAUGAAAGAGGAGACUGUUCGGGGUGAAGAAUUCAAGCAAGAUUUAACUACACUCAUCCGUCAUGAGGUGAAGCGGUUGACUAAUUGACCAUCACUCUGAGACAAAAGACUCAGAUGUUGCUGCCAUGUGCCACACUGACACCCCAAGCAGACGAAAAACUCAGCUCACCGAAGACCUUUUAGCAUCUUUCUGCCCCCCGAUCAAAGAAAUUUACAGUGAUUCUCCUCCGAGACUCACAGAGGCCCAACCCUUCCACAGUGUGUCCACCCAGACGCUACCUUCAUCUGGCUGCACCUUCCUCAUUGUUUCACAGGACUGGCUAUACUGUCAGUAAGGUUCAUUCACAAAUGUCUACCUCACGAUUAAAAGACCCCUCUCCAACACUGCGACCCUGAACAGGAAAAAAAAAUGACCUCGAGCAUUGACCGGGAUGACAGCAGUAUCUUUGAUGGGUUAAUGGAAGAAGAUGAAAAGGACAAAGCGAAACGUGUGUCCCGAAACAAGUCUGAGAAGAAACGCAGAGAUCAGUUCAAUGUCCUCAUCAAGGAGCUGGGUACCAUGUUGCCGGGCAACACCCGGAAGAUGGACAAGUCCACUAUUUUGCAGAAAAGCAUCGACUUUCUGCACAAACAUAAGGAAAACGCUGCUCACUCAGAGUCAACUGAGAUCAGACAAGACUGGAAGCCUCCUUUUCUUAGUAAUGAAGAGUUCACUCAGCUGAUGUUGGAGGCGUUAGAUGGAUUUUUCCUUGCAAUUAUGACUGACGGGAAUAUAAUCUAUGUCUCUGAGAGCGUGACAUCCCUACUAGAACACCUACCUUCUGAUCUUGUGGAUCAGAAUCUGUUAAACUUCCUGCCAGUGGGGGAACAGUCAGAUGUGUACAAGGCUCUGUCCUCUCAUGUCAUGGAGGGAGAGACGCUGACACCUGAGUAUUUAAAAACAAAAAAUCAGCUAGAGUUCUGUUGCCACAUGCUCCGAGGGACUAUCGACCCCAAAGAGCCCCCUGUGUACGAAUAUGUCAAAUUCAUUGGCAAUUUCAAGUCCCUGAAUAAUGUGCCUAACUGUACCCGAAACGGUUUUGAAGGAGUGAUCCAGCGAUCACUUCACUCUGCCUUUGAAGACAGAGUAUGUCUCAUAGCAACUGUAAGGCUAGCGAAACCACAGUUUAUAAAGGAGAUGUGCACUGUAGAGGAGCCUAAUGAGGAAUUCACUUCCAGACAUAGUUUAGAAUGGAAAUUUCUCUUCUUGGACCACAGAGCUCCACCCAUCAUAGGUUACCUCCCAUUUGAGGUCCUGGGUACAUCAGGGUAUGACUACUACCAUGUAGAUGACUUGGAGACUCUGGCCAAAUGCCACGAACACUUAAUGCAAUAUGGCAAGGGAAAGUCCUGCUACUACAGAUUCCUCACCAAAGGGCAGCAGUGGAUUUGGCUUCAAACUCAUUACUACAUCACUUAUCACCAGUGGAACUCCAGACCAGAGUUCAUUGUCUGCACACACACUGUUGUAAGUUAUGCUGAAGUAAGAGCAGAACAGCGCAGAGAGCUUGGCAUUGAAGAAUCACCGCCAGAGAUGCCUGACAAGCAGUCCCAGGACUCAGGCUCUGAGCUCAACCCUCCCAGCCUGAAGGAGGUCUUGGGCCACUUCGACCACAGCCGGACCCCUUCAGCCUCAUCUCGCAGCUCACGCAAAUCCUCGCACACCGCUGUAUCUGACCCAGCCUCAUCACAGAUGAAGCUCCAAGGAGAUAGGAGUACACCCGGCAGGCAGUCUGUCUCUGCUGUGGAGAUGACAUCACAACGAAGAUCAUCUAUCAGCAGUCAGCAGUCGAUGAGCUCCCAGAAUACAGGGCAGAACAUGGCGCCUGCUAUGGUUUCACAGCAGCAGCAGCAGCAGAAGCAGCAACAGCAGCAACAGCAGCCUCAACAACAAGUUCAGACAAACAACCAGUCAAUGGUGCAGUUCUCCAGUCAGUUAGAAGCAAUGCAGCACCUGAAAGAGCAGCUGGAACAGAGGACCAGAAUGAUCGAAGCCAACAUUCAGAGGCAGCAGGAUGAGCUGCGACAGAUCCAAGAGGAGCUGCAGAGGGUUCAGGGUCAGAGUCUGCAGAUGUUCCUGCAGAAAGGAGCUGGAGGACUGAAUAUCAGCUCUGUUCAGAUGGCCCAGGGGACCACUGUCCAGCAGGGGGGCACACUCACCAUGCAGGGUCAGGUGGUCUCUGCAGGGCCUCUACAGAACAGCAUACAGCAACAACAUACUGUCCAACCCCAAUCCCAGCAGCAAACACUGCUUCGGGACCAGAGCACAGCACUCUCGCAGCCUCAACAUAAUCCACUGCCUGCAUCUCUCUACAACACAAUGAUGAUCCCUCAGCAAAGCCCUGCUAACGUGGUUCAGAUUGCCACAAGCCUGGCACAGAAUACUGGACCCAACACUCCUGCUGUGGCAACAUUUGCACAGGACCGUGCGGCUCAGAUUAGGUUUCCUGCAGGUCCUCAGCUGCUCACCAAGCUAGUGACAGGACAGAUGGCAUGUGGGGCUGUCAUGGUUCCCACAACCAUGUUUAUGGGCCAAGUGGUGACGGCCUUCGCUCCUCAGCAGGGCCAGACACAGACUAUCAGUAUUUCCCAACAGCCACCACAGCAACAGCAGCAGCAGCAGCAGGAGCAACAGGUGCAGCAGGUACAGCAGCAGUCGCAGGUCACGGCCAUGCAGCCCGGACAGGCACCUCUGACGCAACAGCAAACGCAGUUCCUCCAGGCUCCUCGGCUCCUUCAUGGAAACCAGUCCACCCAGUUGAUCCUGCAAGCAGCAUUUCCUUUGCAGCAGCAGGGUACCUUCACUGCCACAGCCCAGCAGCAGCAACAACAGCUACAGCAGCAACAGUUACAACAACAGCAGCAGCAACAGAAGCAGUUACAACAGCAGAAGCAACAGCUUCAGCAACAGCAGCAGCUGGCCCCUCACAGAGCAGAUAGUUUGUCUGAGCGCUCUUCUGCCCAGCCACAGUAGCUGGCUGAAGUGGAGUUGUCCACAUGGGUGUCUGUGACAGGAGUCUAGGAAGGAGUUCUGCUGAAAGCACAGCACUGAGGCCAUGCAUCAGGGGCUGAGAAGUGAUUGGAUGGGCAGGCCGUGCUUCCCUUCUUUCACAAGGAUCUUUUGCUGUUUGCACUUAACUCCUGAGCAGCAGAGAACCAAGGACUGGGCUCACUGUGGCUCUGGCAGCAGGUUUUGGCUUAAAGCCUUUCCUCCAAGGAAACAUGGAGCCACAGUCCCUGUAACGGACUCCCCAUCACUCCUCUCCUGGCCCUCUAAAAGUGUCUGUGUGUAUGUGUGUGUGCGUGCGUGCGCUCUAGUCGCCCUCACAGGAUUAUUUCAUGCAGAGCUCUCCAGUCAAAGCAGUGAGGAUUCUAUCUUCACUUCAAGGACGUCCUGCAGAGCCACCAGAGGAUUGUUCGUUUUGGAUGUUUUCUCCUAUUCUUGUUUUUCAUGUAAAAAUAAUUAUGGGUCAGAAAAUAUUUUUAAGAAUGUGGUGUAGAUUGAACUUUUACUGUACAGAAUAUUGUGUAAUAUAUAAUGUAAAUACAUUGGAAAAGAAAGAACUAAUAUUUUAUAUGAUGCAUGAAAUGCAUAGUCUGUUAUUUGCAGCUUUGAAUAUGCUUUUUUUCUUGUACUCAAAGAAAAAAAGAUCUUAAAAUGCUCAGUGGCUGAUAUUUUCACACACUUCCUUUCUCCCAGAGAAUGUGUUUGUUUGUGUGUCUGCAUAGCAGACAAUGCCGAUGCUGUUUGUUGUGUCACAGUUUGUUUAAUCCUUGACUCAUAUUUUCACACAGUUUUAUAAAACUGUCAAAAUGAUAAACAAACCUUUUAAAGUAUUUUUUAAGGUUUUUAAGAUGUGCUUAAAGUCCAAACACUCGAGACUCUAAAUUCAUAGUGAGCCGGAUAUUGUGAAUGAAAUAGAAGCUGCCAAGGUUAGGCUAAAUGUAUGCAACAAUACGAUUUGCCAGCAUAAUCUUUCAUAUCAUUGUUUGUUGUUUUUAUCACUAGAUCCCUACAUUUCAUAGUCAUCCAUAAAGCCUGUGUGACACUCAAGGCUGCUUUAUUCCAGCUACAAACAUGUUUCCUUUCAAAUAAUAAAUUAUAUAAAGUCAGACACCUGUUAACCUGUUUGUAAGAUCAAAUAUUUCCUCAUUGGAAUGUUGAUCAUCCAGUCUUUAGCCGCCUAUCUGGGUCAACACAGUUCACCAAACCAGCUCGACUAGCUGCUUCUUUAAUUAACAAAAAGAAAGAAGCCACUAUUUUCUUUAUACCUGCAAAUUCAUUCUUCAAUUUCCAAUCAGUGAAAAUUGAGUGGUCUGAAUUUUUCUUGUGAGAACUCUGCUUUGUCACUCCUUCAUACUUUGAGAAAGAGGCUACUUUACGCAAAUGUUUCACUGCAUUUUCACUCAGUAAAUGCUGCACUAAUUGAUUUUUUUUUUGCCACUUUAUUGCAGUGUUUGGAUGGUGUAUGAUCACCUUUUAAAUUCCCAGAACAAACCUGCUCAUAAACGGCAGCAUUAGCAUUCACUGGUCGUCUGUAUGUGUCUGUACACCUGAAAAUUACUCUUCAGCAGCGAAAUGCUCCACUGUGUUCAGCUGCUGAAUGCCAACUUCACCAGUCUGCUGAUUGAUGCUGGGCAGCUAGUGCACAAUAGUAGCAUCCGAAAACAGUUUCUGCUGCCAGAUAAACAAAUUACUGAGCUGAAAGUUCCUUUCAAAAAAAAUGUCCCCUACAACUGAGAGGAAUGCAUAGUCAGACUGUAAAUGUCUGUAGGUUCCAUCAAAAAUAGAAGCAGGUGUGUGUGCGCCGUUGUUCAUGUAAAAUGUUGAUUAUUGGUAUAAGAUUGCUGCAGCGCACAGUUGGAAAAUGUUAUUAUAAAGCCCAAUCCACAGGACAGAUUUUAAACAUUUCCAGGUUACUUGAAAGCUGCAAGAGGCAGAAAUCUGGAACAGCAGCUACAAACAUUCAUUUCUGGCUUCAAACAGGCAACAAACUUCAGUCUACUGAGUGUAAGUCCUGUUUCUGUUGCACCAGAUUCCCACCACAGACUUUGUUGCUCUUUCCUCUCUCAUCUGAUAUGGUUGAAAUGCCCUGUGGUGUCUGCCAAGAUGAGAUGCAAAGUCUAGUUUUCUCUCAGAAUUAGAAUAUUCUGCGAAGUUCCGAUGGAAUUUUUCUGCCCACUGACGACCUUUUUUUUUUUUCUUUUUUUUUUCCAAAACUGCCUCCCUCAGCUUUUCUCCUAAUAAAUCACAACUGAAUCCAUCCUAUAGUAGAGUUUUAUCCUUUCAGGAGCCGUUUUUUCAUUAUUUAGGCCACACCCGUCACAAUUUAAACUGAAGAUGACACAGAGGGGAUCACAGUCUCCCCAGCCGACCUACACAUUCUGGCUCUGUAGGUUUGCCUGACGGCCUACUCACCAUCUGAUCGAAUUUGCAGCCAGAUGGUAUCACACUGACAGCUCAGCCUCUUCUUCAUCUGUGUAAAGUGAUGGGCUGAGCUCAACACAUGGCCGCAAAGUCACUCUUUGACUUUUGGUCCACAGUGUCUCAUGUCAGCGUCCACAAUGAGGAGGCUCUGUUUAGCACAUACCAUGAGUUUAAGUCUGAUUUUUGUGUCAUGUCAUUUUGAAUUGAGUCUUUUUUUCUCACAGUAAAACUGUGACAGAGUUUUAUUAAGCAUUCCAAAUCCUAUUUAAUAAUACCUUCACUUUUAAUCACUGGAAAAUGAAAACAUUAUUCAUCCACUGUGCAAAAUUGUCAGACGUCAUGCUUGGUUCAGUCCAAGCUUUGAGCAGCAGCUGGGAUUUUGGACCCAUGAUUUGGCACAUUCAGACAGACAGGGUUUGUCAGGGAAAAAAACACAUCCAACAGCUACUGUUUCUUCUCUUCAUGAUGUUUCACUUUAACUCCAGUUGUCUGUUUAGGAUGUUUAGCAGUCUUAAUUAGGUGUCUGCUUCCAAUAUGUAUUACUGGAACAUUUCAAGUUUUAUCCAAGUUAUUAAGUCAUCUAAUGAUACCUGCAGUGUUUGGUUAAUUAGCCUACAGAACAUUUUUUAGUCACAUGUUAAAACCAGCAUCUUUUAAGUCAUAUAUGUAGCCACUUUAUUCAUGUUUAAAUUGCAGUUAAGACACUAAGUUACCUUAUGAAAAUGAGAUAAGGUGAUCCUCAUGUUUGAUUAUUGACGCUUGAUUUGCACAUACUCCUGAAUUUCUGCACUAAAAGCUGAUUUUUAAGCUCAUAAAAAUGCCAAUGGCGCAAUGUUUUUUAUUUACAUACCUUGCCCCUAUAUCAAGUGGGUUGCAGGCCUUCGGAGUUGAGAUCCAAACAGAAGAAAAUUACAAUACUUGUCAGCCUAGAUAUGUUAUCUGCUUAAAGAGACAAUUUAGAGAUAUAGUAAUUUUAGGAAAUUUUGCUAUUUUUCCCCUCUUUCCCAAAGAAAGGCACUAAAAAAUGUCUUGGGACAGGUCUGUUUUAAACAUAUCUAUGUAUAAAAUUAUGUUGAACAAUAAUAUUACCCUGCAUGGCUCAAUUGUUGAGUCCCUGUUGCAUCAAACAACAUAAUUAUCACAGAGGCAUCCAGAAAUUGAGUAUACCAAGAGGCUGGAUGUUUUGCCAGAACAGAGACCCCACAAUCUCAGACUAUGAAAACUCCUAGUCUAUAUGAUGAAUUUAAAGCAUUCAGAGGAAUCUAUUGCAUUGUAAUUCACAAUAAUGUUUUCAUUAGUGCAUAAUCACCUGUAACUAUGACUUGUUGUGUUUCCCUUCAUUUAGAAACAUGAGGAGCAGGUCGAUUUUUCUCCAGCCGAUAAUUAGAACUGAUGCACAUUUGCAGUAAAAAUGUAAAUUUUGGUGUCAGAAUUUAGAAUGCCACAAACUGCUGUUGAAAUGCAUUUAUGUUUCAAUUCAAAGAAGCAUUUCAACUUUUAUCCUUCAGUGUUUAUAGGCUCCUACCUGCCUUGUGUAAGCAGUCAGAUCAGGCUAAAGGUGAGACACUGCUCGUGAUCACAGAGUGGAAACUACAGAUAGAAAAUUUAUUUUAUGAGAAGUUUCUUUAAAAAAAAAAAAAAAAGAAUGAACAGACGAAUAAUGAAAAAAAAAAGCUAAAUAUAGGAUCUGACAGGCUGAUAAUCAGUUGACCUCUAGUUUCUUUUUAAAAAAAAAUAAAACUCCUACAGGCUUAGAAAAGGAGAGAUGAUGAAGGGGUUUCAGAUUUGCAUCCUCCUAGCUUGAUGCCACUAAAUUCUGCACACUGGCUCUUUAAUUUGACCAUAAAUCCUCUUCUAAUGCUAAAUAAACCGAAUGCAGCCAUCAGCUAUGUGCAUGCACAUGAGCAGAACACACCUUUAUAACUUUGCAUUUUAGUAGCACAACAAAUCAGUCUCUUUAUUGGAACUCCCAAGAGAGUGACGGAAUAGUUCAAAAUCUGGAACGUGGAACUAUUCCAGACCUUCUCCAAAACUUCUGUAAAAAAAAGAACCCACUAUUAAUUUCCAUACAGUCCCUAUCACCUGCUUUCUCUCCUGUUUCAUUUCUGUGCUGCGUAAAGUUCCAUAAUUAGAGUAUCGACUCCACUCGGCCUUCCUCUCCUUACCUGUUCUUAAAAAUCUGUUAUUGUACUGCAACACAUAUCAAUAUUUAAAUAAGAUAUCAGUUCUCUCCUAUCACUUGUAAAACCCCGUAGAGUAAACCCUGUGCCACUGUGGCAUGUAAUACAAGAGGUGCAAUAUACCUAAAAGAAUGUAGUAAAUAUCAUUAGAACAGGAUUAUUUUGCAUGAGGAGGCCUGUGGGAGACUUUGCACAAUGUAUGAUAAAAAAUAAGACAACUUAAUUAUUUUUCUAUUGCUGGUAUAAAACUCAUGGAAGAGAUGGAAUAGAUAUAGAUAUAUAUGAAGUUAAAUACAUCUAAAAGUUCCAAAUCAGGAUUUAAUCUCUCUUUCUCUAUAUAUAUGAAGGAUCUAAACUAACUGUGACAAACACACAAAGACCCCCAGAAAGAGCAAAUGAGUCUGUGGUUAUGCAAAGACUUGGUAUCAGUUCUUUUUGUUCUUUUUUUUUCUUUUCACAAGCUUUGAUUCAGUGUCCGUAUUGAAUCUUCUACCUGCCAUUCAAGCUGUUUUCCUUCAUGCUAGAAAUUGACAUUUUAAAAAAAACAAAAAAACAAAAUGAUGUUCAGAUUUGUUUAAAAAAAAACAACAAUGUUCAAGGGCAACUCCGGCUUUUAAGUUAUUAGUCGGCCAUUACCAAGUCUAAAAAAAAAAAACACGAGAGAACAUAGUUUGUUAUCCAAAGAGGGGAAACUCCAGGAGGUGGGCCUGAAAUGAAAAGACACAGUGCAUUAUGUUAAAUGUUGUGUAGUUCUGAUGUACACACUAGAAACUCUGAAUGUCUAUCAGUGUUCUCUCUCCGCUUUCAGUUCAUAUUUGUGUGGCUUUUUUUAAAAAUUAUUUUUAUUUUUUGGUGUGUUUGGCUCAUGAAAUUUACUGCUGCAGCACCCUCAGUGGUGAAAACACGCUGGUCGUGCUCCAGUCAGCGAUCGGAGCAGGAGUUUGGUUUCCAGCACCUGCUAUGACAACGCUGAUUCAGGCUCGGCCAGGAGUGCGAUUCUGCUCAAAUAACCGCUGGGUUUGGUUUGAAAUGUCUAUUUUCUAGUAAGGCGCCUUUUAUACAGGGUUUUAAAAGUCUUUGUGAGUCCAUUACGUCACCAUUUCUAGAAAGCAUCUACUGAUCAUUUGUGCAACUACAGAUAUAUUGGAAUAAAACAUUUUAUUUAUGGCUUUUUAACUUUAUACAGACUCAUGAAAAAAACUAUGUACAAAUUACCAAAAUUUGUAGGUGCAGCACUGAAAUUAGACAUAAAACAUCCCCAAGGGAAUUUGAGCACCUAUAAUAAAUCAUAUAUAUUAUAAAUGGAUUGCCACUAAUAAUUACUGUUCCCUUAUUAAUCAGUUGGGCUAUUAAAUGCCAUUAACUACCAAAUUAUACAAAAACCUGUGAUAUUCAAUUUACAGUAAGAGCCUGGAGUGAAAAGCUGUUUGGCAUUUCCACUUUAAAAUAACUUUUUAAUUUUAAUAUGAUACAAUAAUCCACGGGAGUAGUUAUUUUGAAGUAUUUUGAGGGAACAUAGCAUUUUGGAAAUUUUAGUGCACCAAUUUGUGGUGGAAAUGUCUUUUUUAAUGUCAACAGUGAAUUUGGUUGCCAGGCCACAAUUCAAAAUAUAAUGGAGCGUAUGUGGAUCUAAUCACGCUUUCCACAUCAGCCAGUGUUUGAUUGAGCUCAGAAUUCAUAUUUUUUUGCAGUAAAAAUCCACAUUCUUGCUGUAUCGUGACGCAAAAUUUUAAUUUCUACUCUAUAAACUUGACUACAGAUUGCAAUUUUCAAACCCUCAGUUUGUAUUUUGCUACUAUAAAUGCACAGAAACUGGGGGUUCUUAUCUCCACUACUGCCACCUGCUGUUCAGUUUUAGGUCAAACACCCAACAGCUUUUUAAGCAGAAAUCAAACACAGAUACAUCCCAGCCUCAGAAAUGUUUAGCUCCAUACAUGUGUUCAUGUGUUUGCACUUUCUCAGUCAGCUGCGUAUUGCUCUCUAAUCUAUGGAUUAUGAAAACGCUUUAGGUGCCUGCGACAUCUGUGCUGCCUUGCAUUUAUUUCGUGAGCCAAACUGUUCAUAAAUUUAAACACAACAUAACCUUCGAAGGCGAACGCAUCGAUCGUUUGCUCCCCUUAAAUUUCAAAAUAAAACUGUAUGAAACGA